GUUUAUACAAGCAGCCUUCUAGAAACCCGUCUUCCUCUUUUCUCCGUGAUUUUUCACUAUCCUAAUUGAGCUCUGGAAAAGCAACGUUUCGCUUUUUUCGUAGUUCGCGGUUUUGAUAUCCACCAUACGAACUGUCGAGAGUUUUGAGGAAGUAGGAACAAUAACGUAUUGAGCGCAUUUGGUCGCAUAAUAAUUUGUGGAUUUACACAGAGUUUGUAUGAAUCCAGUGAAGUUGGGAAUCAAGAGAAAGUAAAAUCGAGGAGGUGUUUAUACACAAGCAAUCUGUUGCACCGAACGUGUGAAGUCACUCAAGAACAUUUUAUAUGGUUUCCAUGUAUGUCUGUUCAGAAUAUUGACAAAAAACUCACGUAAUUAUAAGAAACAGUCAGGCCUGGCUCUGGAGAGCUUCUUAGACUCCAGUCACCAAGGGGCGGUGCCCCCCAUGGCACCUUCUCGGGUGGCUGGAGGGUUAGCCCAAUCAUCAUCAAAUUCUGGAAUAUUCUUUCAAGGGGAUGGGCAUUCGCAGAAUGUGGUUAACUCUCACUUAAGCUCCUCUUUUGGUAACUCGUCUAAUUCAAUUCCUGGAACUGGGCAUUCAAAUCUGGGUCCAGUUUCUGGGGACAUAAACAAUGCAGUUUUAAACAGUGUGGGAAAUUCUGGACCAAGUGUUGGAGCGAGUUCUUUAGUCACAGAUGCGAACUCUGCAUUUUCUGGAGGCCCUCAUUUGCAGAGAAGUGCAAGUAUUAACACAGACUCUUACUUACGUUUACCUGCAUCACCAAUGUCGUUCUCAUCAAAUAAUGUUAGUAUAUCAGGUUCGUCUGUCAUGGAUGGUUCUUCUGUGUUACAGCAAAGCUCCCAUCAGGACCAAGGUGUUCAACAAUUGCAGCAGAACCAACAGCCUCCACUGGGUGCUUCAACUUCUACGUCUUUGCCAAUGUCUCAAACUGGCCUGGCUUCACUCCCGGUGGGUGCACGAGGACCUGGUUCUUUCGUGCAGGAUGCAAAUAAUAUGUCCCAUCUACAAAAGAAACCCCGGCUGGAUAUAAAGCAGGAGGAUAUAUUGCAGCAGCAAGUAAUGCAACAGAUUCUUCAGAGACAGGACCCCAUGCAGUUCCAGGGUCGUCAUCCACAAAUACAAGCCUUAAUUCAGCAGCAGAGAUUGAGGCAGCAGCAGCAGCAGCACCAGCAAAUCCUUCAAUCGAUUCCACAGUUACAGCGAGCCCAAUUACAACAACAGCAGCAACAACAGCUGCAAUUGAGGCAGCAAUUACAGCAACAAGCAAUGCAGCCCAUGCCUUCCAUGAAACGUCCAUAUGACAGUGGUGUAUGUGCCCGGCGAUUGAUGCAAUACUUGUAUCACCAAAGGCAACGUCCAAGUGAUAAUAGCAUUGCCUAUUGGAGGAAAUUUGUGGCUGAAUAUUACUCUCCACGUGCAAAGAAACGGUGGUGCUUGUCAUUGUAUGAUAAUGUUGGACAUGCUCUUGGUGUUUUUCCCCAAGCAGCCAUGGAUGCAUGGCAGUGCGACAUAUGUCAUUCUAAAUCUGGAAGGGGAUUUGAGGCAACUUUUGAAGUACUUCCUAGACUUAAUGAAAUCAAAUUUGGCAGUGGAGUCAUCGAUGAGCUUUUGUUCUUAGACUUGCCUCGUGAGUGUAGAUUUCCUUCUGGUGUAAUGAUGUUAGAGUAUGGAAAAGCUGUUCAAGAAAGUGUCUACGAGCAGCUUCGAGUUGUUCGUGAGGGCCAACUUCGUAUUAUAUUCACACAAGACUUGAAGAUCUUAUCUUGGGAAUUUUGCGCCAGGCGUCAUGAAGAACUUCUUCCUAGAAGGUUGGUUGCACCACAGGUCAAUCAGUUGGUCCAGGUUGCACAAAAAUGUCACAGUACAAUUUCUGAAAGUGGAUCUGAUGGGAUUUCUCAGCAGGAUUUGCAAACAAAUAGCAAUAUGGUGUUCACUGCUGGGCGUCAGCUUGCUAAGAGUUUGGAGUUACAGUCACUAAAUGACUUGGGUUUCUCCAAAAGAUAUGUGAGGUGCUUGCAGAUAUCUGAGGUUGUAAAUAGCAUGAAAGAUCUGAUGGACUUUUGCCGGGAGCAGAAUAUUGGGGCAAUUGAGGGCUUGAAAACUUAUCCUCGCCAAGCAACAGCAGCCAAGCUCCAGAUGCAAAAGAUGCAGGAGUUAGAACAACUAGCAAGUGUUCAGGGUCUGCCGACUGACCGAAACACUCUCAAUAAGCUUAUGGCAUUGCAUCCUGGGUUGAACAAUCAAAUGAACAACAAUCAUAAUAUGGCUAAUCGCGGUGCUUUAACUGGGCCAGCACAAGCUGCUUUAGCCCUGACCAACUACCAGAAUCUUCUCAUCAGGCAAAAUUCUAUGGGUUCAAAUUCUACCUCGCUCCAGCGAGAAGGAUCAACUUCCUUUAAUAAUUCGGCUCGGAGCCCAUCUACAACCUUGCAAGGUUCUGCUACUGGUUUAAUACCUGGCUCCAUGCAGAAUUUACCUGUUAGCAGUCUCUCAAAUCCCCAUCUAGCCCAACAGCAGCCGCAAAGCCAACUGCAACAACUUCAACAGCGCUCUCUAAGUCCCAAUAACAUGCUUCAACAAAGCCAUUCACAGGGCUCUGAAGGAAGUAAUGCUCUGCAACAGCAGAUGUUCCAGCGACUGCUGCAAGAGGUAUCAAAUAACAGUGGCGGAGGAAUGCUACCCCGGCCCCUUGCUGGAGCCAAUGCAAAUGGGAGUAUGGCAAAGAAUGGAGUAAAUGGGGUCAGCGCCAAUGUUUCAGGAACCAACGGACCGGCCCCCAGCAGGAGCAACAGUUUCAAAGCUGCUUCAAACAGUGAUUCUUCUGCAGCUGGUGGCAACAACGGAUUCAACCAGAGACCUGAUAUGCCACAGAAUCUCCACUUACAAGAAGAUGUGGUUCAUAACAUCGCCCGUGAAUUCACAGAUAAUGGCUUCUUUAACAGUGAUCUGGAUGAGCACAUGGGUUAUGGCUGGAAGGCAUGACUAACAUGUAACUUCUUUUCCUGUAACUGGCUUUUCUUGCCAAGUGUUUAGCAUGAUAUCUUUGUAUAGGAUAAUUUGAAUAGCUGCUCCGUUCCCUUAGCUUUGAUUUCCUUGCUCGUUUUCACGAUGGUGGAAUUUGCUGUGACAUGAUGACGCACUUUGGAUAGGGUAUUUAGGGAUCUUAUUUGAGGGUUUUUUUUUUUUUGUCUCGCCUGCAAGUGUAAUCUAUUGGACGAUUCAAUGAACAGUUGUCAGCUUAGUAUGAAUACACUUAGAUGCUUUGUUA